AUGGCAUUUAAGCAACAUUUUAUGCAACAUUUCUUUAUUUAUGGAAUAUUCAUGACCAUAUCCAUCUACAGAAUUACAUUUGCAGUGGAAGAUUGUAAUACAAAUUAUUAUAAGGUUGGAGAUGUAUGUGAAGAUUGUCCGCCUGGAUAUUUUGGACUUAAGUGUAUGCUAAGGUGUCCACCACCUUUAUAUGGUAAAUUAUGUGGAAAGAUAUGUGACUGUGAACCUAAUGAAUGCAAUCCUACUUAUGGAUGUCCAGACGAGGAUAAGGGAGUAAACACCUGUUCUCAGGGAUUACUCGUGGAUGCUAACCAGAGAUGUUGUUACCACUACCACAAAGUAAAUUACACAUGUCAAGCGUGUCCACUUGGUUAUUUUGGUUCAGAAUGUUCUUCUCUAUGUCCUUUUCCAUCAUAUGGAUUUAGGUGUACUUAUCUGUGUAAUUGUUCCAAUUCUAACUGCAAUCAUGUUACUGGAUGUCUUCCAACGAUAGAAUCUUCUCUGUCUAUUAAACGUACUACCGAAAUAAUAAAUAUUGUGCCCAGUCAUACAGCUGAAUUGAAUAACAGUAACACUAUCAAAUUUAUUACUUUGCGUUCCGCAAAUGCGUACCAUUCAAAGACAGCAAUAAUUGUUUCAAUAGGUACAGGUAUAAUAUGCAUGCUCAUAUUUUAUAUUAUAUACGAGAUCCGAAUAUGUCGACGUCAAUAUGUGCCUGAAAUUGUUCAAAAUGAGUGCGAUACCAGUGAAAAUGUCUACGCAGACCCUGUUGAAGUUAUUGUUGAGGAUGAUGUGAUACAAAAUUGA